GCGUACGAACUCGGGCUUCCUUGCGUUGUACUGAGCGGUUCUUCGUGUCCCAGAUCGCACGGCCCACGAAUGUUCCUUGCUUCCUAGCUAGAACUGCUUUCUGCCUGCACUGGAACAAGCGAUAGAUAUUUCAGGCGAAAGACUGCAGGCAGGCAGCACCGCAGCAGGCAGCAGCCACCAUGGCAUCCCAGGCACCCAAUGGCGACGCGGAGGCGCCACUACUUGCGGCCACCGGUGACGCGCCGACGACGACCGUCAUCGGCAAGGCCCUUAACAGCACCGCCGACCUCGCCAAGCACCUCCCGACGGGCGCCGUGCUCGCCUUCGAAAUGCUGUCGCCGUCCUUCACCGCGUACGGUACCUGCAACGCCGCGAACCGCGCGCUCACGGGCUGCCUCAUCGGCGCCUGCGCGCUCUGCUGCUUCGUCCUCUGCUUCACCGACAGCUACCGCGACACCGCCACGGGCGCGCUGCGGUACGGCUUCAUCACACCCAGCGGCCGCCUGCUCCCCAUCGAGGGUGGCGGCUCCAGCUCCGGCCCCGGCCCCGGCGCGCCGCCGCCGCGGGACGACAGGUACAGGCUGACCGUGCGCGACGUCAUGCACGGGCUGCUGUCGUUCGCGGUGUUCCUGGCCGUGGCCAUGGUGGACCGCAACGUGGUGGCGUGCUUCUACCCCGUGGAGUCCGCGUCCACCAGGCAGCUGCUGGCGGCCGUGCCCGUGGCGGCCGGCGCCGCGGGGAGCUUCCUAUUCGCCAUGUUCCCGUCCACGCGGCGCGGGAUCGGCUUCCCCGCGGCCGUCGCGGCGGCGUCCUGAGUCCUGACGAAUGAAUUACGUCGUCGGGUCAGCCGGUCCAGGUGGUCAGCUGCUGGCGGCGCGCGGGCUUUUGUUUGUUUGGAUGAUUGCCCACUUCAAUGGCAGCCUAAGGCUAGCUGCUAAAUCACAUAAACAACCGUCAUGCUUGCGCAUUUCCAUUGCAUUCCCCCACACUUUACAAUUUCGUCGAAUGAACUUACGGGUGUGAUACUACCUCUAUUCUUAAAUAUUACGCUGCAUAGUUUAUUUUUGAACUAAAAAACUUCAAAUAAAAAAGGUGCAUGGGCGUAUUAUCUAUUA